GAUGGCACGCAAAUUGCUCUAGUAGAUGGAUGCUACUCUUACUUUCAUUAUAUGCAGGAUAAUAUCAAUGAUGAUCAAUGGGGGUGUGCCUAUCGUUCAUUUCAAACCCUCUAUUCUUGGUUUAGAUACCAAGGUUAUACAGAUAAGGCAACACCAAUGCAUAAGGAUAUCCAGCAAGCUUUAUGUGAUGUUGGUGAUAAGCCGUCAACUUUUGUUGGAUCUAAAAAGUGGAUAGGCUCGUACGAAGUUAGCAUCUGCUUAGACCAUUUCUUAAAUGUUUCAAGUAGAAUUGUAUGCGUUAGUUCUGGAGCAGAACUACCGCAGAAAGCUCGAGAACUCGUCAGUCAUUUUCAAAGUGAAGGUACUCCAAUCAUGAUAGGUGGCGGUGUUUUAGCACAUACAAUUUUAGGAAUUUCCUUUAAUGAAAUUACAGGAGAAGUGAAAUUUCUUAUAUUGGAUCCGCACUACACUGGAAGAGAUGAUUUAAAAACCAUACAUUCCAAGGGAUGGUGUGGAUGGAAAGGACCGAACUUUUGGGAUCAACGAGCAAACUACAACCUUUGUCUUCCAAUGACACCAUCAAUGGUUUAG